UCCAAGUGUCCAGCUGGCAUUAUCGUGAUUGUCAAGUUGAAUGUACAAACAAGUAACCAAAUUUCGAGUAGAUAAAAACAAACAACAAUCAUGAAUGGUGAUGAAUUUCCAAAACCUGAUGAUACUCAAUUUAUAUCAUUCCAAGAUUAUUCAACAACUGCUAGACAUGGUGCAGAAGCCGAAAUAGACCUUGGCACCCCAACUCAUCAACGAUAUAAUCUCAAUAAUGAGCCUAUCGGGGUGGAAGGUAUAAUAGAAGAUUUACAAGGAUUACCAGAGCAAAGGAAUGCAGCGAAAGAAAGCCCUGGCUUUUGGACUCUAGAUUACUACAAAAAAUAUUUCAAUGUCGAUACAGAAGAUGUACUUUUAAGGAUAAAAAAGUCAAUGAUCCCUAGUGGUCAGGACAAUUAUUUACUUUCACAUAUUAGACCUAAUCCUGAUCUGUAUGGACCAUUUUGGAUCUGUGUAACAUUGAUAUUUGCUAUUGCAAUCAGUGGAAAUGUUGCUAAUUAUUUUCAAACAGCUAAUAGUGGAAAAUAUCAUUGGAAAUAUGAAUUUCAUUUAGUGUCUUAUGCAGCAACUGCAAUAUGUUUGUAUGUAUGGUUAUUACCUCUCGGGCUAUGGGGUACUAUGAAGUGGACCAAAGCUGCUUCUCAAAAUAAUAGCAUGGAUAUUGAAUUAAUUGAGACUCACCAAGAUUUAGGUCUUUUGGAGCUCCUCUGUCUCUAUGGUUAUUCUUUAUUUAUUUACAUUCCAGUAGCUUUUCUAUGGACUAUCCAAAUUGAAUGGUUUCAGUGGACUUUAGUUAUAGUUGCUACUAUCUUGUCUGGAGGCGUAUUGAUACGAAGUUUGCUUCCUCUUAUAACGAAUAAACAGAAACCUAUUUACAUUGCUAUAAUUCUUGGACUGCACUUAUUAUUAGCCAUUGGAUUUAUGCGAUUUUUCUUCCACGUUCCAGAAAGGGUUGUAACAGAACCCAGUAAUCAGACUGUACAAAGCACAAUUUCCAUAUUGUCAGAAAAUGUAACUAAAAUUAUAACACAAUCAAGUACGAAGUCAAGUUAAGUUGUUACAUUUUAUGAAUUUGUAUUAUUAAUUUUGUUUAUAAACUUUCUAUUUAUAAUAUAUACACCAUAAUGUUAAUAGUGAUUUCUUAUUGAUAUUUAAACUAUUGAAUAACAAUAUGGUACAUUUUGUCAAAUAAAUCAUUCGUAGUUUUUUUAUAAUGACUCUAUAAUUAAAGGAAAAAUAUUCAA